AUGAAAAUGCUAAAUUAUUUUGAUGGAGGUGAACUAAGGCAGUAUCAAAUUGACGGUGUGAAGUGGAUGAAUGCCCUAUUUAAAAAUGGAAUCAAUGGAAUAUUAGCCGACGAAAUGGGCCUCGGAAAGACCGUCCAAAUUAUAGCCUUGAUCUGUCAUCUUAUGGAAAGAAAAAUACCGGGACCGUACUUAGUAGUUGCCCCCCUUUCGACAAUACCAAACUGGGAAUCGGAAUUCAAAAGAUUUGCUCCCAGUGUGCCGGUUUUUGUAUUUCAAGGAAGCGAACAUGACAGAAAAGCACAACAUUCAUCGUUAAAAAAGAAAUAUACUAUUGGAGAUUUUAAAACGCAUGCCGUAAUUUUGACCACUUAUCAAGUACCUCUGCAGAAUCAAAGAACAUUCCCUUGUGAAAUUCAAGGAAAGACAGGAUGA